AUGAAGUACCUCCUUGUCAGUGGUGGUGUCAUUUCGGGCGUUGGCAAGGGCAUAAUCGCCUCUUCGUCGGGCCUUCUGCUCAAGUCCAGCGGCUACAGAGUGACCUCAAUCAAGAUUGACCCUUACCUCGGUGUUGACGCUGGGUUGAUGAGCCCCCUGGAACACGGCGAAUGCUUCGUUUUGGACGACGGUGGCGAGACCGAUCUUGACCUCGGAAACUACGAGCGCUACCUGUCGAUCAAGCUCACAAAGGCUCACAACAUCACUACGGGAAAGAUCUACAAGCAUGUCAUCGAGAAGGAGCGCAGAGGCGAUUACCUCGGCAAGACCGUGCAGGUUGUUCCCCACAUCACCGACGGAAUACAGAAGUGGAUUGAGGACGUGGCCAAGAUCCCUGUGGACGAGUCCGGACUGGAGCCCGAUGUUUGCAUUAUUGAGCUCGGUGGCACCGUGGGUGAUAUCGAGUCUAUGCCUUUUGUCGAGGCGCUGGUUCAGCUUCGCCAUCGCGCAGGCCGCGGCAACUUUGUCAACAUUCACGUCAGCUACGUGCCAGUCAUUGGCCAGGAACAGAAGACCAAGCCAACCCAGCACGCCGUGAAAAGCGUCCGUAGCGCUGGUCUCAUCCCUGACCUGGUUGCUUGCCGUUGCGAGCUUCCGCUGGACGACGCCACGGUUGCCAAGAUUGCCCACCAUUGCCAGGUUGACCUGGAACAAGUGGUUGCGGUCAGGGAUAUGGAGACGAUCUACCAAGUCCCGAUGCUUCUCCAUGAGCAGGGUCUUACCACCAGCCUUCGCUCCUUCCUUCGACUGGAUCAGCUGCCCCUGAGUGAGGACAGGGUAACGCAGGGUAAGAACUUGUGGAAGACCUGGAACGACACCGUGAUGCCGCAAAGGCAUCUUGAGACCGUCACCGUUGCUCUCGUUGGCAAGUACAUUGAGCUUCACGAUGCCUAUCUUAGCGUCGUUAAGGCUCUCGAGCACAGUGCUAUGCACUGCAAGAGGAAGCUUAACCUUGUCUGGGUCGACUCGGAGCACUUGGAAGAGAGUGCGCGGCAGACGGAUCCAGCCAAGUUCCACAAGGCCUGGCAUGAGGUCUGCACCGCCUCGGGCAUCCUUUGUCCGGGUGGAUUCGGCACAAGAGGUAUCGAGGGCAAGAUCCUUGCUGCCAAGUGGGCGCGCGAGCAGAAGACUCCUUACCUUGGUGUCUGCCUUGGUAUGCAAGUUGCAGUGAUUGAGUAUGCUCGCCACAUUGCCGGCAUCACCAAGGCUACGUCGGAGGAGUUCGACGCACAGGCCGAAGAAAAAGCCAUCAUUUUCAUGCCCGAGAUUGACAAGACGACCAUGGGCGGAAACAUGCGUCUUGGAAGCCGACCUACCUUUUUCCAAGAUGGUUCUGAGUGGAGCAAGCUGCGCGCGCUCUACGGGGGAGCCUCAUCGGUCGACGAGCGCCACCGACACCGUUAUGAAGUCAACCCGGAAUACAUCGAGCGUCUUGAGGCAGCGGGCCUUGACUUUAUCGGCCGGGACGACAAGGGCGAGCGAAUGGAGAUCAUCGAGCUCAAGGACCACCCCUUCUUUGUCGGAAUCCAAUACCAUCCCGAAUACCUGAGCCGCGUCCUCAAGCCUAGCCCCUGCUUCCUCGGCUUUGUCGCGGCCAGUGCUGGCUGUCUGGACGAGGUCCUGAAGGAGGUCAAGAACCCUAGUACGCAGAGCAGUGGCGAGGGCAUCAACGGAACGAACCAGGCUUCUUUCUGA